UACCUACUCGUCGCUCCUACAACGCAUUUAAAACCCGCAGCUACCCACUCAUUCUUCAAUCUAUCUGCGAAGAAGAUCAAAAUCUCCAUUCAUCAAGAAGAUGUCCGGGCCGCAGUGCUGCGAGAACCCACCCACUUUGAAUCCAAGCGCCGGAGUUGGGUCGGUGGUGGAGCUGGGCGGCCUCAAGUCAUAUGUCACCGGAGCUGCCAAUUCCAACCUUGCUAUCCUUCUCGUCUCCGAUAUUUUUGGUUAUGAAUCUCCAAAUCUCAGGAAGAUAGCUGACAAAGUUGCAGCUAGUGGAUACUAUGUUGUGGUUCCUGAUUUCUUAUAUGGAGAUCCCUAUGUUCCUGACAGCAAGCCUAUUGGAGACUGGAUUCAAGGGCAUGGAACAGACAAGGGAUUUGAAGAUGCGAAAUCUGUAAUUGCGGCUCUAAAGAGUAAAGGAAUCUCCUCGAUAGGCGCUGCAGGGUACUGUUGGGGUGCUAAGGUGGUUGUGCAACUGGCACAGUCUGGUUAUAUUCAAGCUGGAGUUCUAUUGCACCCAUCAUUUGUAAAUGUGGAUGACAUUAAGGAGGUAAAUGCACCCAUUGCUAUUCUGGGGGCUGAAAUUGAUAAAAUGUCUCCACCAGAGCUUGUUAAACAAUUUGAAGAGAUCCUUUCAUCAAAACCCGAGGUGGAAUCCUUUGUGAAAAUCUUUCCGGGUGUGUGCCACGGGUGGAGUGUUAGGUACAGUGUUGAAGAUGGGAAGGCUGUGCAGAGUGCUGAAGAAGCCUAUCAAGACAUGUUGAACUGGUUUACCAAGUUUGUGAAAUGAAUAAAUCCACACUAGGAAAUGCAGACUACAAUUAAGUAUUUGAAUAAAACUCAUGCUAUGCUUGUUUUUAUAUGAACUGUCAACUGUGUUUUUAUGUAAGAACUAAGUAGUACACUUGCUUUAUAAUAGUCUCUACUUGGAAAAAAAAUUAUGGAAAAUUAUGUCUAAGUUUAAAUGAGAACUUAUUUUCUCGUGAGAAUUUGCAGACUAAUUUGAUGUGUCCAUUUAGAAUGAUCAAUGGCUAAAAAAUAAGGGAAAUUGCUUGAUAUUUUGUUUCAAAUGUUUCUUUAUUUUCCAGCCUUGAUCAUCCUUGAUGACGAACCAUAUUAGUUCACAUGUUCUCACAGGAAGUAUGAUUUUCAUUUGAAUUUAUGUAUGUCAAUUGGGUCGGUUUGCUCGAUUUUGGGAUGUAUUUGAAAAAUAUUUGAAUGAGUUGAGUUUAUCUUUUUGCAUUAUAAA